AUGGCGUCACUGAGCGAAGCUGCUCGUCGCCAGAGCGAAAUUGCCUGGCCAGCCUCCAACCACGUUCCCAUGCUGCAGGAAGACAGCAAACAGCGGGCUCUCGUCACUGAGAAGCGCCACGAACCAGCAUCAGCACAGCUGGCUCAAUCCCACUCGGGUGCUCCCACCCACAGCCACUACCACUACCACGACCCCCGCACCACCACCAUCAACUAA